GCCUUACUGCUUUAAGGUAUCACCUAAAAUAAUAAGGUAUAAUAUUUCAACAGAAUACGAAGAAUAUCGUAGAAGGAGAGAUGAGUAAACUAUUUGUCUCACUAGCGAAACCGAUAAUUGUGCCCGUGUCGAUGUGCGCGCGCAACGUAGCUAAAAUGGAUGAGGCACUUAAGCGACACAUUAUUGCCUACGAGGCUAGUGGUAGGGAUGUGUGCAGAGACGUUUGGUAUGAAUAUAUUUCUUGGCAAAUCCGCAUAAUUCCAUAUCGUUUUAAGAAACUCACAGCUGAAUGCAGGAGUCUCGUAUCAGGGGAUUACCCCCUUUCUGGAGUCAGCUGCAAAGAUUUUAUUUCUAUUGCUCGUUUUGCGACAAAUUGUCUCAUGAUCUUUAUUAGCUUUGUCAUGUUGGGGCGUUGUUCUAUUUUUCCGCUUCUUGAACCAGGUUCCCCUUUUGUUGAGGAGAUAAUAAAUAGUUGGCAUAUUAACCGUAUCAAUCAACUCUCUGAAGAAUCAAUAAGCACAUUGAAAUUUUUGUUGAGAGACACAAACUAAGCAUUCUUAGAUCAUCUUGCACGCAGUCGAAUAUGAUUUACUAAAGUGGAAAACAGAUUAGGACAAAAGUAGAAAAUAUAUUUUGAUAUGGUAGAAAUGUUUCUCUUUCAUCUCUUUUGUUUAUAGCUCAUCUGUAGAAUUAUGAUUAUGUUCCUGAGUUGA